AACACGAGUCCGUCAAACGUCUCGAGUCAGACAUACAAGACGUGAAUCAAAUAUUUCAAGAGUUGGCGAAAAUGGUUUACGAACAGCAGGAAGUGGUCGAUCACAUCGAGACUAAUGUCGUGUCGGCACAGAUUCAGGUCGAGGGCGGCAAUCAACAGCUCAGAUCUGCCGCUGAAUAUCAGCGAAAGGCCCGAAAGAAGAGAUUAUGGAUUAUUAUUAUAUUUGUGAUUAUUUUGGUUAUUCUCACUCUUAUUAUUUAUUUCUCAGUCAAAAAGUAAUUUUGUUAUUAUUGAUCACAAUGUAUGUAAAUUAUAUACGGUA